AUGUAUGCUGUGACUGGUAGUGAUGAGGAUGACUGUUACUGGUGUUUCCCGCCUGACCCGGGCAUUGGUACUGCCGCGUCAGGUACUAGUGAGGCUGCUGCUCUAGGUGCCAGUGCGUCUGUGCUCUCAGGUGCUGGUGAGUCUGCCCUCUCAGGUACUGUGUCGGCUUCGGCCUCUCACACCUUCACCCUUGACUCUGGAGCGUCUCGAUCCUUCUUUAGGGACCGCACCACUCUCACGCCGCUGAGUCGGCCGGUUGCGGUGUCCCUGGCUGACCCCUCUGGGGGGCCUGUCCUGUCUCGCUUCUCCACUGUCCUCCCGUGUCCGGCGGCCCCCUCUGGCACCCUGACUGGUCUCUACCUCCCCUCGUUCUCGACGAACUUGGUGAGUGGUGCUGACCUCCAGGAUGUGGGUGUCCACCAGUUCACCCCUGCUCGUCAGCGGGUGACCCACUGCACGGAGGCGGAUACAGGUCGCCACCUGGCUACGUUUACACGUCGGCCAGGGUCGAGCCUGUACACACUGACCACUGCUUCUCCUCCAGGUGCUGAGUCUGGUAGGGUCCCUUCGUCUGGUCAGGUGUUUGCUGCAGCGUCCAGGUCUGGUCCUGAGUCUGCCCCCUGCUCGUGUCGUCGUCUGUCUCACGAGACCCUCCUCUGGCACCACCGCCUUGGCCACCCCUCUCUGCUUCGGCUCAGAGGCAUGGCCUCGCGAGUCCUUGUGUCUGGUCUUCCCCAGUCUCUCCCUCCCCUUCCUCCGGGCCCUGGCCCCACCUGUGUCCCCUGGGGUCAGGAGCGCUACUUCCUGCUGGUGGUUGACGACUACUCGCGUUACACCACAGUCUUCCCCUUGCGCAGCAAGGGUGAGGUCACUGAGGUGUUGAUCGACUGGAUCCGCGCAGCUCGUCUCCAGCUUCGGAGGAGCUUUGGCUCUGACUUCCCUGUUUUACGUCUGCACUCGGACAGAGGCGGAGAGUUCUCCUCUGGCCUCCUGAGUGCCUACUGUCGUGCGCGAGGCAUCCGUCAGACCUUCACGCUUCCGGACUCACCACAGCAGAAUGGGAUUGCAGAGCGCCGCAUUGGCAUGGUCAUGGACGUCGCUCGUACGUCCAUGAUGCAUGCGGCUGCUCCCCAUUUUCUGUGGCCGUUUGCGGUCAGUUACGCUGCGCACCAGAUCAACCUCCACCUCAGGGUCUCUCGACCGGAGACCUCCCCAGCCCUGCUGUGGACGGGGAAGGUUGGCGAUGCGUCGGCGUUCCGGGUCUGGGGAUCUCGGGCGUUUGUUCGCGACCUGUCUGCGGACAAGCUGUCCCCUCGUGCUUCUCCCUGCGUCUUCCUGGGGUUCCCCCCCGACGCCCCUGGGUGGCAGUUUUACCACCCCACCUCUCGACGUGUUCUGUCCUCCCAGGACGUCACGUUCGACGAGUCGGUACCCUACUACCGCCUCUUCCCCUUCCGCACUCCGUCCCUCCCCCCACCCCCGCUCUUCUUGACGCGGUCGAGCCUGUCGAGGUCACUGGUGACUCUGGUGCUGCUGCGGGAGCUGAGCCUGGGGGUGCGGAGCCUGGGGGUGCUGAGCCUGGAGGUGCCGAGUCUGGGGGUGCUGAGCCUGGGGGUGCUGAGCCUGGGGGUGCUGUGCCUGGGGGUGCUGAGCCUGGAGGUGCCGAGUCUAGGGGGUGCUGUGCCUGGGGGUGCUGAGCCUGGAGGUGCUGCGCCUGGGGGUGCUGUGCCUGAGGUUGCUGAGCGUGGGGGUGCUGUGCCUGGGGGUGCUGUGUCUAGGGGUUCUGCGCCUGGAGGUGCUGUGCCUGGGGGUGCUUCGUCUCGCCGGGAGCCACUCUCCCCACAGAAGCUGCGUGGGUGGUUUGCCAGGCGCUGGAGGCGUGCUGCUGGUGCGGGUGGUUCUUCGACUGCAGAGGGUACUGCUGCCGCGCGUCCCGCCGGUGCUAGUACUGUGGGUGCUGGAGCUGCUGGGUCUGAGAGUUCUCCUGGAGCUGGUCCUACUGAGGGUGUUGGCGCUGAGCCUGCCGUUGGCGGUCCAACUGACACUGCUCCUGGUGCUGCGGCUGGGGGUUCUGGAGCUUCUGGUGGUGCUGCUGGAGGUGCUGCUGGAGUGGGUGCUCCUGCCGGGGCUACUGGUGCUGUUCCUGCUGUUUCUAGCGUCGCCGCGCGGCCCCGACCGUACUUCGUUCCGCUCCUGCAGCAGGUUCUUGGUCUUACACCUCCUCCUCCUCCCUUAGAGGGUCCGCAGCCUGUCCAGUCACAGCCACAGCUACAGCCUGCCUCCCCUUUGCCUGCUCCUUCUCCCUACGCUGGUCCGACUGGAGGUCUUACUGAGCGUCGUGAGCCUGCGUCUCGUCCUGUGUCGCCUGUUCGUACUGAGCGCGCUAGUGGUCGCGGGUCGCGUCAGCGUCCUCCUCCUGUCCCUGGCACGCACCGGAUGUCACUGCGUCGGUCCACUGCUCCUCUGCGUGCCCCUUUGCCUUCUCCUCCUGCUUCCUCUCUUCCUGCUCUUGCCGACCCGGAGUCGGACUCUCUUCGUGCUGCCAGUCCUACUGUCACGCGUCUCCUGGCUACUGCUGUCACUGACCCCUCCUUCGAGUCGUCUGCUGCGUCUGCCCUUGUCACUGAGCUUGUCGACUUUGCUGCGCGCUGUCGUCUAGACUACGCUGCUCGUCUUGUCACUGAGUCUGAGUCCGCCUGUCCUCCGUCCGUCGGGGGUGAGUGUGCCCUUGGCACGGACGUCCUUGAGGACAGGCAGGAGGAGUUCCAGUGUCUGGCCGCCGCUUCACCUCGUCUCGCGUCUGUACUGCUAGCCCCUGAGGGAGACCCCGAUGCACCAGACAUCCCGACUCCGCGCUCUUACGCGGAGGCGAUAGAGGGUCCCUACUCCUCUCAGUGGCAGGCAGCUAUGGAUGCAGAGAUGGCUUCCUGGAAGUCCACAGGCACCUACGUUGACGCUGUUCCCCCUCCUGGGGCGAACAUCGUCAGUGGCAUGUGGAUUUUCAGGGUGAAGCGGCCGCCGGGUUCUCCGCCUGUCUUCAAGGCGCGUUACGUGGCUCGUGGCUUCAGUCAGCGGCAGGGGGUUGACUACUUUCAGACCUUCUCCCCCACCCCGAAGAUGACCACUCUUCGGGUUCUGCUGCACGUUGCUGCUCACCGUGACUACGAGCUGCACUCUCUCGACUUCAGCACAGCUUUCUUGCAGGGCAGCCUGCACGAGGAGAUCUGGCUGCGUCGCCCACCUGGCUUCACUGGGUCUUUCCCUCCUGGUACCCAGUGGAGUCUCCGGCGUCCAGUCUACGGUCUCUGCCAGGCGCCACGUGAGUGGCACGACACACUGAGGACUACGCUCGCGGCACUUGGGUUUGCUCCUUCCACUGCCGACCCGUCGCUGUUUCUGCGCACCGACACCUCUCUGCCGCCGUUCUACAUCCUCGUGUACGUCGACGACUUGGUCUUUGCCACAGCUGACACUGCUGGACUCGCCUACGUGAAGUCCGAGCUGCAGAAGAGACACAGGUGCACUGACCUGGGUGAACUGCGCAGCUACCUUGGCUUGCAGAUCACCCGGGACAGAGCACGCCGCACCAUUACCCUGACUCAGUUACACAUGGUGCAGCAGGUCCUUCAGCGCUUCGGCUUCACGUACUCCUCGCCUCAGGCCACUCCUCUGCCUACUCGCCACUCGCUCUCAGCUCUGCCUUCGGAUGAGUCCGUAGAGUCGAGUGGCCCGUUUGCAGAGCUUGUUGGCUGCCUCAUGUACCUGAUGACCUGCACACGACCUGACCUCGCAUACCCUCUUAGCAUUCUCGCACGCUAUGUUGCUCCUGGGAGACACCGACCAGAGCACAUGGCUGCAGCGAAGAGGGUGUUGCGCUACUUGUGCAGUACGUCGGGCAUGGGGCUAGUGCUUGGAGGGCGCAGUCCAGUGGUCCUCACUGGGCACGCAGACGCUUCUUGGGCUGACGACCAGGCUACGCAGCGGUCGUCACAGGGUUACACCUUCAGCCUUGGUUCCGGCUCUGUCUCGUGGCGGGCCACCCGCUCGUCUUCUGUUCUCGGCUCCAGUUGUGAGGCUGAGAUCUACGCUGGGGCUAUGGCUGCACAGGAGUUACGCUGGCUCACCUACCUGCUGACCGACCUUGGAGAGCAGCCUCGUUCUCCUCCAGUCCUGUAUGUAGACAACAAGGCCAUGCUGGCCUUGUGUCGAGAGCAGCGACUGGAGCACAGAACGAAGCACAUUGCUCUUCGCUACUUUCUUGCUCGUGAGCUACAGCAGCGUGGACAGCUGCGACUUGCGUACGUGGCCUCUGAGGCCAACACUGCUGAUGUCUUCACCAAGGCACUUGCGCCUUGUGAUCAUCAGCGUUGCUGCACGCAGUUGGGUCUUGUGCCUGUCUUGCCUCACUUGCUCUCCUCUUGA